AUGGCGGGCAAAGGUCAAGGAGGCAUGCAAAGCUGGUGGUGCCAACCCUGCCGGCAGUGGCGGAAAGCUACAGCCCUAUAUUGCCCUCAGUGCGGCAAUGGGGGCAGUGGGGCACAGAAUGCAGGGUACGUGCACAACACAUGGUGGCCAGACGGAUGGCAGACAGACCAUUGGAACCAAGGAUACUCGCAGCAGAUGCCCAAAUCGCCAAGGCGCAAAUCCCCUCGGAGGGCUCCUUGGAUCACAUCGGACAACGAAGGUGGAAAAGGCAAGGGCAAGGGCAAGGGAAAGAAAGGGCAUCCAGGAACUGGCGACGGCCAGAUCACUGCUGCGGUGCCUCGCAGCGAUGCUCUACCCGCUCCGCCAGUGGGACAAAUCACAGCUCCCAGCCAGCUGGCAGGAACCAAGCAGAGCACGGGUCAGGCGGUGCAAACGACUGCCGAAAGGCAGUUGGAACAACUCGUGGUCGCUUUGCAGCAAUCCAAUGCCGAAUUGCCUCCAGGUGUUGCGGAGAUUGUGUCGCAUCACGCACAGUCUUCCACAAAGCAGGCUGCAAAAAGCUUACACAAGACAGUGACGAUGCAGACCACAGCGCGAAGCAAUCUGGAGCAAUUACGGACGCAACGCAAGCAGUACGUUGCGGGCUGGACAACCUAUCUGGCCUCUGUAACCAGCUUGUUAACGCAACAAUUUCAAAAGCAGGAAGCCACGAUGGUUCAGUUCGAAGAAGCGGAACGUGCGUGGAUGGACCAGCUCAGCGAGGCCACAAGUCAGCUCGCGCGCUUGGCCAAGGAAGGUCAGGCUCAAGGCUCCAUUGUCGAGGAGGUCGCAGGGUCAUCUUCCGAGGACGACAUGGAUGCAGAGGAAAGUCAUGCAGAACAACUCAAAGAACAGGAGGCAAGGGAACUUCAUCGAGAGAAAUGUCGCCAACUUCUGGAGACCUUGACGGCCGCACAGGAAAACUCAGAAGCCUUGUCCGCAGCUGCGGAAAGAAGCGGUUCGAGAACUCCCAGAAGAAGCAGCAGGGUGAAGGACAAGUCACAGGGAAUGGAUCCAACAGCUCCUGUGGCUCCAGUCCCUCCCUAA